GGGGCCUUAUACGCGGGCUCUCAGCUGAGCUACUCGACUGUCGUGUCGGACUGUCGUCUGUGUUGUGUUCAUUCACCGCCGGCCCGCCGCCACCGCCGGACUCGACAGCACACACGACAUACAGCACGCGCUCCGCGUUAGCCAACGACAUGCCGAUCAGCAAGGAGAGCAGCGAGUUCCAGGAGGCCAUGCAGCGCGACGCCGCCACCCGGCUGGACGCCGACCUGGAGCAGCUGCUGAGCCAGCUGUCCCCCCAGGAGCGCGCCUCCCGCGCCAAGGAGCUGGGCGGCUUCUCCAGGCUGUUCGCCAGGUUCCUCAAGGAGAAGGGGCCCUCCGUGGAGUGGGACAAGAUCCAGAAGCUGCCCGAGGGCGCGGUGCGCCAAUAUGACUCGCUCAACAAGCCCAGCGAGGCCAGGAUCAAGGAUAUGCUCAACAAGCUGGUGGUCGUGAAGCUCAACGGAGGCCUAGGCACCAGCAUGGGCUGUCGCGGUCCCAAGUCAAUCAUCAGCGUCAGAAACGAUCUCACCUUCCUCGACCUGACAGUGCAGCAGAUCGAGCACCUCAACAAGAAGUACGGCGUCAACGUGCCCCUCGUGCUCAUGAACUCGUUCAACACGGACGAGGACACCCAGAAGAUCGUGAGGAAGUACGAAAAUCUCAACGUCGAGUUCCACACCUUCAACCAGUCGUGCUACCCGAGGAUACAGAAGGACACGUUCCACCCCAUCUGCAAGACCCCCGACGUGAAGGCCGACCUGGAUGCCUGGUACCCUCCCGGCCACGGUGACUUCUACGAGAGCUUCAAGAACUCUGGCCUCCUCACCAAAUUCAUCGCUCAGGGCCGCCAGUACUGUUUCCUCUCCAACAUCGACAACCUGGGCGCCACGGUCGACACCCGGAUCUUGGACCUGGUCCUCGCACCGGGCCAGGACGCGCCCGAGUUCGUCAUGGAGGUCACGGACAAGACCAAGGCCGACGUCAAGGGAGGCACGCUCAUCCAGUACGAGAACAAGCUCAGGCUGCUCGAGAUCGCCCAGGUCCCCAAGGAGCACGUGGACGACUUCACCUCCGUCAAGACCUUCAAGUUCUUCAACACCAACAACCUGUGGAUCAAGCUGGACGUUAUCGAGAACGUGCUGGCCCAGGGCACCCUCAACAUGGAGAUCAUCCUCAACCCCAAGCACCUCGACUCCGGCCACGACGUGCUCCAGCUGGAGACGGCCGUGGGCGCCGCCAUGAAGUGCUUCAGCAGAGGGAUCGGCAUCAACGUGCCGCGGUCGCGCUUCCUCCCCGUCAAGAAGACCUCCGACCUGCUGCUCGUCAUGAGCAACCUGUACGCGAUGCAGGGCGGCUCGCUCGGCAUGUCCCCGCUGCGCAUGUUCCCCACCACGCCGCUCAUCAAGCUGGGCGACAAGCACUUCAACAAGGUCAAGGACUUCCUGUCCAGGUUCGCCACCAUCCCGGACAUGCUCGAGCUGGACCACCUGACCGUGUCCGGAGACGUCACCUUCGGCAAGGGCGUGUCCCUCAAGGGCACCGUGAUCAUCAUCGCGAACCACGGCGACCGGAUCGACAUCCCGUCCGGGGCCAUCCUGGAGAACAAAAUAGUGUCAGGCAACCUGCGCAUUCUCAACCACUAAGAGCUUCCCCUCGCCCGGCGUCUCGCGCGCUCUGGCUGCGCCUGGCACGCCGUUUUCCGACGUCAAAAAACAAAAUCACGUCGUCGGGAAACGGCGUCCUUUUUGCCACCGUCGCCGGGACGCCGAGUGACUGUCCAGCUACCUUGUACCACCUUCCUACCCCUAGUCCCGCCGCCCACCCCUCCUCACUCCCCCCUCCCCCCACUCCAGGCUGUCCUGGGUCCCCGCGGAGGGCGCCGUGCUGUGGCUCGCCCCCUUGCUCGAGACCCUCCUCGGCUGCCGCGUCGACCAGGACCCCGAGGCGCCGCGCGUCCUGGCCCUGGGCGAGGGGAGCGCAACGCAAUGCCAAAGAAUCACUCCAGUCACGUUCGGGGGCGCCGACGACGACUACAAGAAGAGCGCGGCGCCGCUGACGGCGCACAAGCGGCUGCAGAAGCCGUGGGUGUGGGAGACAGUGGUGCAGUGCGUGGCGGCGCUGGCGGAAGGCCGCUGCCGCUGCUGUGUUAACUAGUUGUAUUAAUAAUUGUUAGUCGAUCUGCCCGUGCGAGCCGCGCUAAACGGCGCGGCCCGGCGGCAGGCGCAUUGUGAUAUGUAAUGCAUUCACUAGCAUGUUUUUUUUAGACAUUUGUUAUACACGUUUUUUAAAAUGUUUUUCUUUUUGUUUUAACUCCCCACACACGCCCCUUGUUGUUUUUUCCUAAUUGAUAUUUUUUUCCCUUCACCCUUCGAUGGGGGUAUACCCUGUAUGAAGACGAUCGCUACAAUAAAUUAUAUUUUAUGUA